AUGAAGAAGAAUGCUCCUAUUGCUCCCAUUUUGCACAAGAAAGUAGGGAGACACCCAAAGUUUUCUUUAUUUGUUCAAGGCCACCCAGGGCAGAACCAUUUUUACAACCCAGAGCUUGUGCUCCUGAGCACAGAUUCGUCGGGUCUUUCUUCUCAGAUGUGGCCCUGUCAACAUGUCACAGUUGGAGGGUUGGGAAGAAGAGGAAGAAGAAGAGGGAAGGCAAGAGAAGGAGCAGGGACGGGUGGAAGCACAAAUUCUAUGAUUCUCCCCUCCCUGGCCUUCCUCUCUCAUCUUUCCCCUCCCUUCGAACUUUUCGCUCUUGGAAAACGUUUCGGUAUUUCCGCUCUCAGGGGUCUUGAUGGGACAAAGGGCUAA